AUGACGAGGUGUGGCCAUGCCUACCAGGCCUUUGUGACCCGCGUUGGCAUCAUGCCCGGAGGCCAUUGUGACAGGGGGCCGUGCGAUGACCCAGAGGGCUCUUGUAGGGCCAAAGCCCUGGCAUUGCCACUCCCAGGAGAGCAGCUCUCUGAGGAGGCAGCAUCUCUCUCUCUCACGAGGCAGCAGCUCCUCAGGAGGAAGCAGCUCUCUUGGGUGCCCUUGGCCAGUGUUCACCAGAGCAUCACCAAAAUGUCAAAGAGACAGGAGGCAAAUGCCCACUGCCAGUCCCGUGAGGGGCAGCCGCUGCUGUCCAAGCAGCAACAGGUGCCCCAGAGGCUGCCGCAGGCAGCAGCGGAGGUCACAUUGGUGACCAUCAUGCCCCUCCACGGGGACAGACUGGUUCCCAGACAGGACACCUCACGGACACCAACAGGACAGAUAACAAAGGAGGCCAGCCUGGAGAGUGGGCAUUCACUGCCCCACAGUGGCACCGUCACACGGACACAAAGAUUGUCUGUGUCAGACUUGCCGCCUCUCCACGGCCCUCCACUGACAGUGACACCCCCAUGCUGGUUCAGGCCUGAAAUGCCAAAAUCAGCCUCGGCAAGGGUCAAGCUGCCCCCUCUGCCAGCAGCCCCAGCAGCCUCGGCGUCUUCUCCCAGACGCAGACCACGGUCUGCUUGCCCUGUCACCAGCCGCAGCCGAGAGCUUCCCCCAGUGCCUGCCCAGCUCCUUACACGCAGUGUUCCUUCCUCCCCCACUGACAGGCCCACUGUCCCACAGCCCCCGGCCCCACGGCGAUGGCGCUCCAUCGUCAGGGGGGCCCGGCGGGCACUGAGGCGGCUUUUCUCCUUCAGCUGCCUCAGGGGACAACCAGAGGAGUGA